AUGUAAAUAACCAACGUGACCUUUUAUAAAUAAUGCUUUUAAACUUUGUAAGGGCUUUUCGAGCUACAACUAAUAACAAAGGAAGAGAAGCUAUAUUUAAAAGGUUAAAUUCUCAAACUUGAAAUCACUGCUGAUGAUAGUAUUUCACUUGAAGAUCUAUCGAAAUACCUACUUUCGUGUUUGAAAUAAAAAAAUUAUCAUUAUAUCAAAGGUUCAACUAAACCCUAGUUGGAUAUGAUUGAUGAAGAGACGGACGAAGAGCAACUUUGA